UGGUAUUUCAUUUAUAUCCAAAUUUAUGUGUGUGUAUACUAAAACACGUUAUUUGAUUUAAAUCCAAUCUAUAUAACCAGCGAAAUCAAAUAUCUUAACUCUAAUUACUUAUCCUUAUAAAAAAGAUUAUCAUUAUUGGCAGCACUCAUAAUUCAAGUUAGGGUUUGGGAAAAACCGGUAAAGCAGCCUCGGGCUCAUGUCGAUCGGAACGGUGUUUAAGGUCAAUCUAUCCACACGGAGUUGGAAAGGGUGCGUCGUACCUUCAUCACCCUCUCGCUGGCAGAACCGAUCCAACAAUCUAUGUUUCUCCAGAUCCUCAAGAUUUUUCAAACUUGUAAAUUCAAAAUUAAUAAAUUUGAAUAUUAAUGUUGCUAAAGACCGAAUUAAAGAUAAUAACCCGGUGAGUGCAAACACUUCUCCUACGGAAAGUAAAUGGAAAAACAACACUAUCGAGAUUGCUUGCAAAGACCUUAUUAAGGGUAUGAAACGUCAAGGCCUGGCCACCAUGGUACUGGUGUUAGGUUUAUUACUAAUGAAUGCGACGAUAUGUCGUUGCUACCCUGCAUUGGCUUUAUCUGGCGGUGCAGUGGGAGGAUUUUCUUCUUCUUCUUCUUCCCGUUCCUCAUCCUCAUCGUCUUGGUCGUCAAUUUGAUCGCAGCUCAUGCUGUGAUUGCAUUGCAACGCAUGCGGUAAGCCACUGAAGUCACCGAAGACGGACAGCACAGUGAUUGUAUUCUUCUUGUGUUUCCUCUUUAUGUUAAUCCCCUUGCCUCUAAUUUAUCCACGGAAUCGUCGGAGAGAAGGAGAAGGAGAAGGAGAAGAAGAUAAAAGAAGAAAGAUUUCUUUUCUCAAGCUUCAGGUCGGAUUGUUUGGUGCUCUGCAAUCACUGCAACAAGAUCUCGAUCACAUUGCUGAAUUCGUGGAUACAUCCAACUCGUAUGGUUUGGUUCAUAAACUGAAAAGGUUAACAUGGCAAUUGCCUCAGUGGCUGUUGAAAGAAAUUUAGAUGAUGCAGAAGAACGAUUCGUGCAAAUCUUCACCGAAGAAAAACAGAAAUUUGAUGAAGUAUCACUUGUUAAUGUAAAUAAUAUGAAAAUAAAAAGUACAAAAAGUGGGAAUGCAGAUGAUUUAUGUGAUAGAUACAUGGUGAUUACAAUCUUGGUGGCUGCUAGAGUACGCGAAUUACCAACUGUAAAAAGCUGCAGAGACUUAAAGGAAGCUCUCGAAAAGCUUCACUUAUUUCCACCAUGCCAAAUACAAGGUGCCUUAGUGAUGUGGGCUCCGCAAGAGAAAAAUGAUAUAGUAUCCGAACAAGAGUUACGCGAGAAGUAUCCAGACUUGAUACCUUUAAUUUUCCAUAUAUUUGCACUUAUUUUCACUUGAUUCUCUCAAUUCAUGAUUCUGUCAGUUUUUUUUUUAUAUAGUAAUCUCUUUAGUGGUUCACUUCAUCAUAUGCAUUCUUAAUAUUUACUUUUCUCAAGUUAAUAAAUAUAUCUAACUUGCAUGCAUUUUUUGUUGUUAUUCUAUUAAUUCUCGAAUUACCUCAGACUUUGUGUUUGGCUAAUGAAACAUAGAAAGUUAUGUUUAAAAAUCUUAUGGUACGUUGUAUUUUGAUUUUCUUCAUCAAACACGCUGAUGCUCUAGGUCGCAUUUUUCUUCUUCUACUAGCUUAAUGAACUAUGUCUUUCUCGUGUACAGUAACGAAUAUACUUUUGCAUCUUCACUAGAGCUUAAAAGGGAUAUAUUUUUCUUAACCUUUUUUAUUUCUUAUCUUCCAAUUGAACGAAAACCUACAGUCAUCACUAAUCCCAAACAAACACAUAGCUCCAACAGCUACGGUCUUCAUUUACCCUUGCAUAAGCUUAUAUUUCAAAAACAUGGACUUGUAUAAAUCAAUUUGUAACUAUAUGUGUUUGUAGAGAAAGAGAAUGUUAUCCCCUGGCUAUCAUGUUUAUUUUCUUGCUGAUUCUCUUUGUUGAAGCUUGCAACUCAUACAUGUGAACCAUUUGAUUGCCUUCUUGAAUAUGUAUGUGUAAUUGCCACAA